AUGAUGCUCACUCGCUGGCUUCUUCCGAUCAUCCCUGCUCUGCUUCACGUAGCAUAUGCGAGCUCGGUCAACCCAGGCGAAUCCGUAUGCUGCCACAAACAAUACCAACAAUGCGUAAGCCAAGGAGCUUCUGGCUGCGGUAUUAACUUGAAGGGGUUCGCCGAAUGCGUUGACAACCACGGUCCCACUUCGACCUGCUCUACCGUCUGCCCAACUCACUGGGACUACGCGUGGCAGAUUCAUGGUGCUCCUGACGGCGACUGUCUGUGCACCGACUAUGACCCUUCAACUAGCAAGUACUGCUACGGCUCUUAA